AUGAAGAACCAUCUGCACGACGCGGAUCCAUCAGCCGCCGAUGCGGCCCUCAAGAAAGCAUUCGGCAGGAAGCUGAUGGAAUGGCUGGAGACUGAGAAUGCCGGAGACACCAACGUUGACGGGAGCAAGAAGCUGGAGAUCACUGAUGUGAGGCCGCUAGAUGCAGAUGAACAAGAACAAGUCCGGGAUCAAGUUCCAGCUAAGUGGCUUCCGAAAAUACAGGAUUCGAUGCCUUUCAUGAAUUGUAUUGAGAUCGAGGGCCAGGCCGUUCGCGAAAGAACCGAAGGCUUCUGGCGACGCCCGGGGUUGUCCAAACGUCUUGGUAUUGCUGGUGUUGCGACU